CCACCACCCAUUUCUCUCUCUCUGACCUCAACUGGUCGCACAUCCUCUCACUGGAGUCGGACACAAACAACUUAACGUUUGAAUAUUGAUGGAGCUGUAGCGCACGUGAAGACGGAAGGAAAGUUUUCCACAUCAGUUGGGCAGGAGAAGGCUUUGUAGUGACCUGACCUUCAUCCUCGUUCCUCCUGUUCAGAGCUACUAAACAUCUCAUCCCUAAACAUCUCACCUGGACCCGUCAGGAGCAAACUGAGACAUAUUGCAACCCCUGUCUGGGAUUUUGAAGUCGACCACAGAAAUCCUUCCUGAAUGAAUGAGUGGGAGGGCCCCGAGAUCAAUGUGGUGGGACCGCUGCAAAUCCCAUCCAGCGAUGAGUUCUCCAUCUCUGAGAGCGCCCACUUCUUCGACAUACUGGCAGAUCAAGGCAGUCCUCUUCUGCAGGACCCUGACAUCCUACCAUUCACCACUUACCCCAGUAUGCAGUAUCCAUCCCUGGAGCCAAACAUGUCUGCCACUCCAUACUACUCCUCUCAGAACUAUUACCCUCCAUUCAGUGGAGACGAAUGGUACUCACACAUGGGCUUAUACGAACUGAGGAAAGGACCCCUGGAGGGCAGCUAUGGGACUGAAAUGGACGAGGCCUCUUCUGUUGUGCCGGCUGUUUGCAAGAGGAACCGGCACCUGAAUCAACCUGGAAGGAUCAAGGGGGAGGAACUGUGUGUGGUCUGCGGAGACAAGGCCUCUGGAUACCACUACAACGCUCUCACCUGUGAAGGAUGUAAAGGCUUCUUCAGACGAAGCAUAACAAAGAACGCCGUGUACAAAUGCAAGAGUGGCGGCAACUGUGAGAUGGACAUGUACAUGCGCAGGAAAUGCCAGGAGUGCAGGCUGAGAAAAUGCAAGGAGAUGGGCAUGCUGGCAGAGUGUCUGCUGACAGAGAUCCAGUGUAAAUCCAAAAGGCUUCGCAAGAACACCAAGACCUCCCCGGGGCGGUCCACAGGAGACGAGACAGAGGGGGUGGACAGUGCGGACAACAAGCAGGUCACCUCAACCACCAAGCUGUCAAAGGAAAAGGUGGCAAUUACUAAAGAGCAAGAUGCACUCUUGAAGCUCAUAGUGGAAGCUUACAACAAACAUCAAAUCCCCCAGGACGUUACCAAAAAGCUGCUACAAGAACAGUACAGCACAGAGGAAAACUUUCUCCUCUUGACCGAAAUCGCAACAAGUCAAGUUCAGGUUUUGGUGGAGUUUACAAAGAAUAUUCCAGGAUUUCUGUCUCUGGAUCAUGAAGAUCAGAUCGCUCUGCUGAAGGGUUCAGCUGUGGAGGCCAUGUUUCUGCGUUCAGCUCAAGUUUUCAGCAGGAAGAUGCCAAAAGGACACACUGUGGUUUUAGAAGAGAGGAUACGGAAAAGUGGUAUAUCAGAAGAAUUCAUCACGCCCUUGUUUAAUUUUUACAAAAGUGUUGGUGAGCUGCACAUGGUGCUGGAGGAACAGGCUCUCCUCACUGCAAUAACCAUCCUGACACCAGACCGGCCUUAUGUGAAGGACCAGCAGGCCGUGGAGCGGCUGCAGGAGCCAAUGGUGGAGCUGCUGAAGAAGCUGUGUGUUUUGCAGCAUCCGCAGGAGCCGCAGUACUUUGCUCGCCUCCUGGGCCGCCUGACGGAGCUGAGGACGCUCAACCACUAUCAUGCAGAGAUGCUCACAUCAUGGAGAGUGAACGACCACAAAUUCACCCCGCUGCUCUGCGAGAUCUGGGAUGUGCAGUGAGGCACGGUGAGCAGUGAAGGAGCAGUGAAGAGAUGGACAUUCCAGCUAAAAGGCUCCAGGAGUGGAACCAAGUUCAUAAUGGUAGACAAACAACCAGUCUGCUUUGGUUCUGCCUGACUUUAUAAAUAGGUAAUAUUAGUGUAUUAUAGCAGCUUUUUCCAUGUUCAAGUUUUAUCAUCAAUACUUGGCUUAAAAAGCUGAAAUUUAAAAUGGAUGAGUCAAAGAAGUACAAACACUGGAAUUUUGUACAAAGCCAAGAAGGUGGUUGUAAGAGAUUUAAAUUAAUAUUUUACGAUGGCCUUGUUUUUAUUUUACGCACAGAAAUGUAUGUUUUAUGUACUUGCUUUGAUAAUUGACAUUUCCAGGGAAGCAUUUUCAUACAACAGAGAAUGCAUUAAUUACAGCAAAUAUAGAAAAAUGUACCACAUUUCUUCUAGUAAGUGUGGAACUUUCUAAAUGUUAUUGGGUGGCUGGAAAAAAUGUUUUCAAAUAUUCAAAUGCCAAAUUAUUUAUUUCUUUUAUGAAAUAAAUUCUUUAUUUAAUCUC